AUGUCCGGGGGAUUCUUCCGGGUAGGAUGCCCUCUCCUCCCAAGGCUUCCAUGUCUUCGAUUAUUGCGGGGGAUCUCCCAUGAAGGGACGUGUUAGGGUUCUGAAUCUCUUUUUUUGUAUUUUUUUUUGUUUCGACGCAUAGGGCACCUCGGCCGAUCAGGACACCCGCUUCUCCAACAAGCAGGCGAAGCUCCUGAAGACGCAGAAGUUCGCGCAGGAGCUCGAUCACCUGGUCAGUGACCAUCAUCUUCAGGCGUCUUCUUUUGUUUCAUGCGACAUUGAGUUUGUCGAAUUCGCCGUAUGGUGGCGAACUCGAACGGGGUGGGCUGUGCCUUUUCCGGUGAAAUUGGGAUGAUUUGUGGGACUGACGAGAUGACGGCCUGCUCUUUCUUCAUUCCUCGCGGGGAUCGGUUUGUCUCAUUCUUUUCGUUCUCAGGUGGAUAUGACGAAGGUUAAGAUGGACGUGAUGAAGCCGUGGAUUGCAAAGAGGGUAACCGAACUGCUGGGUUUUGAAGAUGAAGUCCUUAUUAAUUUUGUCUAUGGUCUCCUCGAUGCAAAGGUUCGUUGCCUAUUUUUAUUGAAAUCUAAGUUCCUUUCAUGUGUACGCAUUAUCUGAUUUUACUGAAUGUAAUGUCUCAGGAAGUGGAUGGUAAGCAGAUUCAAAUACAGCUCACCGGUUUUAUGGAGAAGAAUACGGGGAAAUUUAUGAAGGAGCUUUGGGUUCUUUUACUGAGCGCUCAGAAAAAUGCUAGUGGUGUCCCACAGCAAUUCCUGGAUGAAAAGGAGGAGGAAAUGAAGAAGAAGAUGGUUUGUGUUGCUGUUUCACGUCAUUAUCACCAGUUGGUUAUGUACUUCCAGCGUUACGGUUUUCCUAUGACUUAUUUAUUUGCUCUUGUAGGUGGAAUCUGAGAGGAUAACUCAGGAAAUUCAGAAGAGGAGGGAGAGAGAGGGACAAGAUGCCAUUCAAAUGAAUCUGAAAGGAAUGGUAGGCUAUUUAUUUGAGCAUGAGUUGCAUUCUAUGAUUAGAAUCUAUUUUUAACUGGCUUUUGCUUUUUUUCCUGGCAUUCAGCCUGCUUCUCCGAUUGUUUGGCUUCAUGUCCUUCUUUCCCUCGAACUACUGUAG